AUGUCCGUGUCGGUGACGGAGCACCGGCACGGCGACAUGCACCACGGCACGAUGCGACGCCGCUGCCUCACGCGUGUGCUGCUCGCCGGGCCACAAGGCGACCUGGAGGCACUAGUGUCACGCAUGCCGCGUACGUGGUCACUGCAGCAGCCGCUGGAAAUGCUGCAGCCGGAGGCUGUGGAGGAGGAGAGGGCCAACACUGCAAGUGCAGCGGCAGCGACGAGGACGGAGAACGCCGGCUUGGCUGGCGGCAAGGUACCCGAUAAGAGUGCUGCCUCAGUGAUGAUAAGCUACUCCCCCGUGCGCGCGACACUCCCGCUAGCAGCGGCUGCCUCGGAGGAGGAGCGAGCGGAGGAGGACGUCGUCGACGUGGUGGCCGCUGUGGAAGAGAAGGCAGCGAUGAAGGCAGAUCUGCACAACAGCAGCGGCAGCGCCGUUGAACCUCCUUCUCUAGAGGGUACCCCGAACGUGCGCUUACACGCUGCUCAGGCACCGCACGAGGAGCAGCAGGAAGAGGGUGACUGUGGCGUUGUGGUCGCUCAUGAGGCCCCAGCGCUGACCGAGGACGGGAUCCCCGGCGCUGAUAGCGCUGUCGUCCGUGCGGCCGAGGUGGCGGCGACUCUGGACAUUGGCAGCCAACUGGCGGAGGCCGCGCCGUGCGCAGACAGGGCCUCCCUGGACUCAUCUGCCGCACUGCCAGUGUCACAGGUGCCGGAGUAG